AUGCUUUAUGAUGUACUUCUGGCUCUAUUUGGCCACACUGGAGAUAUAAUCGUGGAAUCCGAAAAAAAGAAUGGAAAAUAUAAAGUAUUAGAUGAGAUAAAAUUAUCUACAUCUGAAAGAUCAGCAGUCACUGCGAUUUUGAAAACAGGACAGCUUUAUAUGUCUAUAAAGCAAUUCUGCAUUAAAAUAGGAAUCGGCGAUUACUAUUCAGAUGUGAGUGUGCUAUUUGUAAAGGAUGGAUCGAAGAAUUUAGUGGUAGAUUACGUGAGUGAAACAGCGGUUAACCUGGGGACUAAGAACCUGGUAAAUUCAAAUGGAUAUUAUAUGAUCGCGUUUUGCAAUGGGAUUCAAAGGUAUUUAAACGACUACAGAAAGUUGCUGUUGACGCUGGAAGACGUAGCGACCUCAGUGAAGGUGCUUCCGACGUCGACCUUUACAAUAAUAAUGAGAGACCAAAAUAAGAUACUGCACUGCCUUCAGUCGAUCAUAUUAGACUAUCAGAACGUUAGUGAACGCCACGACGAACGAGACGUGUUCUCAAAAUCAGGAGAUCUGUUGGAGAUUUUGUCAGAAAGGCCAAAGGAUAAGUCGGUGAGAGAGAUAUACGCAAAGUUGAGAGGAGAUGUGCUGAGUUUCCUCAAGUUCCAGCUGAGGAACUGGAUAUGCUCAGGGAACCUGCUGGACCCGUACGGAGAGUUCGUAAUAGGGUACCGGGACCUUAAGAACGUAAACCAAGACUGCCAAAUACCACUAAACACACGUCAAACUAGCGGAGGCACUGAAAUGAACUACCAUUCGAGGAUGGUGGAGUACGAGUGGAACUAUAAGUUUUACAUCAAGGUGAAGAGAGGGUCGACGUUUGGUCCAAUAGACUACAAGACGAGCAAGAGCAUACUGUUCAUAGGAAAAGUGAUAAGAGUGCUGUCAAGGUCGCUGAACGAUUUUAGCAUAAAUAGAACGGGAAUAAAGAAAAACCUCUACUCAGAACAUCUGGUAAAUCUGGCGGACAAGCACAUCUUCGACGUGUGGAGUAAGAUAUCGACUGACAGAGACAGUUUCCAAGAAUCAGUGGAAACGUACCGAAAGUACGUAUCGGCACUGUUUAGAGAGUUCGUGGACAGAAACAUGGACAUAAAGCAGCAGUUGAAGCUGUUCAAGGACGUGUACCUGAUGGGAGACGACGGAAUAUACAACAGAUUCUUUGAAGAAACGUACGAGCACAUGUCGAGAAAAUACAACGAAAAAGCGUUUAAACUGAUCAACAAAGAGUUUGGCAAGGCAAUAUCAGGGCUAGCAAGAAAGGAUGAAAAUGUGAAUGAUAAGUUUGAAUAUAUAGAGGGCACGGAUAGCGGUAAGCUGGAGGACAAAGAUAAAGAUAGUGGCGUGUUGAGUGGGAAUGGAAGCGUCGAGCACGUGAUGAGUAGAAGUAAUUUGAGUAAAAGCAAGGAGCUGAGCAGAAUGGGAUCGAGUGACAGUUCUGCAAUUAACAGUUAUGGACUAAUCAAAAGCAGUGAAAUGAGCAGCUAUAGCCACGAGUCAGCAGAUAUGGAAGAAAUGAUGAGAGACUAUGAAUUGAAUAUAAGUCAGACUGAUAAAAUAGAGGAAGAAGAAAGUUUUGAAAUGUUUAAACAUAUAAAUGACUUUAACAUAAAUUCAAAAUUUAUAAAAAUUAACAAAGUGAAACACAAGGAUUCAGUAAUUGUUGGAGGCAAUAGCAGUAUUUGGCACGAACAGAUGGUCUAUAUAAUGAACAGCUUCAACAUAUCACUGGUGGCAAACCUGAGUAAAAUAAAAAAGUGUAAGCAGUUUUCAGUAAUACUGUCCUCAAAGUGUUUUAAUUCAUUUGAAAAUGGCCAAGAAAAUGAACUGGAAACAAAAAAUACAAAAACAUGUGAAAAAAGCAAUAUUAGUAACAGUAUGAGUGAUAGUAUGUGUGACAAUGGUGAUGACAUUAAUAGAGGUGAUGAAAAGUCCCAAAAGAACAACAAUAAAAGUUUAACUAUAUAUAGUAAGGAAACAACGUUUAAACAUAAUAGUAAAAAUAAAGAAUUGCAAAAAGUAGAAAGUAAACUAAGUGAAGUUUUGGAAAUGUCUAGUGAAAUCAAGUCAUUUGAUAUAAUUGAGUUAUUGAAGCUGAUGUCAGAUUCGCUGUACAUAGGAAUAAUUAAUCACACACCAGAGGGCACAAAUAGAGUUACUAGUACAAGUAAGAAAGUGGACACCAGUACAAAAAAAGUAAAAGAUGGCAAGAAGAAUAAGAAAGUGACUUUUGAUGAUAAUGAAUACGAUUUAAUGCCAUACUACAAAGAUCUUAGGUUUAUUAAGAACAGCAGGUACGCUAAGUCAAUAAGGAAAGUAAUGAAGAGAUACACGAAUGAAGAAGAAAACCCAGAAGAUGAUAUUGGCAUUAAUGAGUGGAUAUACCUGCUGUUGAACUAUAAAUAUCGAUACAUCAACUUCGUCAACAUCAAGUCGUACAAUAACAUGUUUCAGAUAAUCUUCACAAUCAAGAGGUGUCUGCAUGGAUUGGAAAAAAAACACAUAAUUGAUAACAAGGUCAGGAGAGACUUUACAAACCCUAAAAACAGUUUUGACGAAUAUUGUAACCUGUUUCGGAAACUGUAUGCGUUCAAAUACUAUUUACAAACGAAUUUGAAGCUGAUUCUAUCAUACUUCUACAAUGGCAUAAUAGAGCCAAAAUACGCUGAGCUGCAAUCAUUCGUGAGGCAGUCAAAGGAUUUCCAGCUAAUUAAGACGAAGCAUCACGUAUACGUCGAAAACAUACUGAGGUGA